UCCUUGGAUGGAGAGGGCGCAGUGAGGUGCCGAGAGAGCGCGGCUCGCCGAGUGCAGGAGGGGACGGAGGGGAGACCAGGGCAGGUUCUCGAAGGCGCCGGGGAGCCAGGAGCGGUGCGGCGGCCCCAUGAGAGGCCCCUGCCGGCACAGAGCGCCCAGAGCCCAGCCGGAGCGUCUCCACCGCCGCGGGUGAAAAGAGCCCGGGCCACAGGACGGCGGCCAGUUUGGAAGUUUUGAUGCAUAUGAUCACAACCACCAUGAUUUUUAUGAUUCUUGGUGCUUCAGUUGUAAUGGCGAUAGCCUGUUUAAUGGACAUGAACGCGCUACUGGACCGCUUUCACAACUACAUCCUACCGCAUCUACGAGGGGAGGACCGCGUCUGUCACUGCAACUGUGGAAGACAUCAUGUCCACUAUGUAAUCCCAUAUGACGGGGACCAUUCCUUGGUGGACUCAUCGGAGAACUACUUUGUGAGUGACAGUGUGACAAAGCAGGAGAUGGACUUGAUGCUGGGGCUGCUGCUGGGCUUCUGCAUUAGCUGGCUGCUGCUGUGGCUGGACGGAGUCCUACACUGUGCCGUCAGGGCCUGGAGGGCGAGCCGCUACUACGAUACCCCGUCCUGGUCAUGGCUGCCCCAGUUCUGCAACCUCCGAGACCUCCGUCGCCGAGCCCAGCUCCGACAACUGGAGGACUCCAGCGGCAACAUGGUCCACAUCAAGCAGAAGCUCUACCACAACGGCCACCCCAGUCCCCGCCACCUCUGACUCUAAAAAAAAACCAAACAAACAAAAUCAGCAACAAAAAAAUUAAACUAGAUACCCUUCCCUAAAACACCUCCUCCUUUCCACCUCCAAUACUCCUCACCUCCCUUCCCAAACAGCCUCUUGGUCAACUAUUGCCUCAGAGACCCUGGAAAACUGCCCUCCCGCUGUUCAUAAUGUGGCCCCGUGACAGGACUUUCUUAUGACCAAACCUGGCCCCUGUCGGCACUAAAAUAACAUCCCAAAAUGGAGCAAGAUGACGAUUAUUUGUCGCCACUUAAAUCUUGUCUUACGUUCAUGUCCACCAUUGUGGGGAGGAGGAAGGGGAAAAAAAAACAUUUUUAAGGGUGUUUUUUCUGUAUAGAGACAUUUUCUGUGUUCAUUGUUAAACUUGGCAUGCUCUUUUAGAACAGGGUAAGAUGUGGGCAGUGUAUGGAAUGGGGCGGCAAGACGGGUGUCAUGAUAUUUUUUUCUCUGCUGGGUGGG